AUGUUUGACGGUAUUACGAAUAACGUUAUCUCCGAAAUAUCCUCCAGCUAUGAAUCAAAAACAGCCAUUGAUGAAAAGUUGAUUGACAACUACAUCCUCGCUUUGGAUUUGGCUACUGUUGAACAGCCUUCAUACUUUCAAAAGGUCAUUCCUCUUGUGAAUCAAACAUUGCUUGAUAACGCUUACCCCACAAUUGAUCCAACAGGAGCACUUAUCAAGCUUCUAGAGAAGGUCCUAUCAUACCUCAAUUUCCAACAAAUCGUCGCCUUUUAUCCAACGGACUUUAUUUUGGAGAAUUUGUUCUCUGUAUCGUCAAUCAGCAUCUUGUGUUUGAAAAUAUUGACUUUAAAUGUGCAUCAAUUGGAGACGCAGGAGUUUUUGUCUAGCAACAAUGUUGUGGCUAGAUUAUUGAAGGUGUUUUUUGAUGAAAACACGCAGAUUCUGGUGUUGAGCCUGAUUGAAACACUUGUUGCUGCUUUAUAUUCGCUGGAGAUACAUUUGUUAGAUAGAGGACAGGAUCGACUCUACUCGGUUAGAAAACUGACCAAUGCCGUGCUUUUGGCUCGGUUAUUGGACCUCCUUUUGAUUUUGGUUGACAAACUGCUGAAUUUGGAUCCAAAAUUGUACAAUUUUAAUGAAAGGGAAAUUCUCACAUUUAGUGAUGACCCACUUUUUUUAAUCCUUUUGAUCCAGUUUUACAUUAAAGCAAUAGGGACGAAUCUCACUAUCGAAGGGUCAAUCACAGCAGUGAUGACCUUGUACAAAAAAGGUGAAUUAGACGACAUUGUCAACUCCGAGGUUGCUGAUCUUGUAGCAAAAAUGACAUACCACGGUUACAAGUCAUUAUUGUCCGAUUUUGAGAUAUUCAAAACUUACAACUUGAUCAAAGUGUUUGACAAAGAUGAAGUGGAAAUAAAGCUUCUAUCCAAGUCCAACCCUGGCGUGAUGUACAGUCUUAACCCAUCUAUAUACGAUGAUGUUUUGAAAAAUCUACCUUUGUUUGAUCACAUAUAUCUUCCCAUUUUGCUCAAUUUCCUUGCAUCACCUCAAGCUUGGAUGUCGUUGAAAUUGAAAUUGACUAAUGAGCAACUUGAAUCUUUGUCGAAAGACAAAUUGUUUCUGUUGCUAUUGAGCAUGUCAAAGUACAAGCACACAAAGGAAUAUCUUUUCAACAACUUGCCAAAUAUAAUGAACAAUGAAGUUAUUGAGUCAGAUAUAAGAAACAAUGAUAUUUGGAAGUUGAAACUACAGAUUCUUGAAAACUUGAAACACAGCGAAGAAGUUUCUGGGUUUGGCAUUUGGGAGAACAAGAUUGAAGAAAGCUACAAUUUGAUGAAAUUUGGCCAGAGCUAUAAACAUGUCCAACCUAAAGUUGAAGUUAUUGAUGAUACUGCUUAG